GUUGGUGAAGAACAUUAUGACACUGCACAAGAGGUUAAGCAAACUUUACAACGUUACAAAGAACUUCAAGAUAUUAUAGCUAUUCUUGGAUUGGACGAAUUAUCCGAAGAGGAUCAUUUAACCGUAGCAAGAGCGCGAAAAAUUGAGCGUUUCUUAUCACAACCUUUUUUUGUAGCAGAAGUAUUUACGGGUUCUCCGGGAAAAUAUGUUGGUUUAGCAGAAACAAUUAGAGGCUUUCAAUUAAUCCUUUCCGGAGAAUUAGAUGGUCUUCCUGAACAGGCUUUUUAUUUGGUAGGUAACAUCGAUGAAGCUACGGCGAAGGCUAUGAACUUAGAAAUGGAGAGCAAUUUGAAGAAAUGACCUUAAAUCUUUGUGUACUGACCCCUAAUCGAAUAGUUUGGGAUUCAGAAGUGAAAGAAAUCAUUUUAUCUACUAAUAGUGGACAAAUUGGCGUAUUACCAAAUCACGCUCCUAUUGCCACAUCAGUCGAUAUAGGUAUUUUGAGAAUACGCCUUAACGACCAAUGGCUAAUGAUGGCUCUGAUGGGCGGUUUUGCUAGAAUAGGUAAUAAUGAGAUCACUGUUUUAGUAAAUGAUGCAGAGAAAAGUGGUGACAUUGAUCCACAAGAAGCUCAGCAAACUCUUGAAAUAGCGGAAGCUGCUUUGAGAAAAGCUGAAGGAAAGAGACAAACAAUUGAGGCAAAUCUAGCUCUCCGACGGGCUAGGACACGGGUAGAGGCUAUCAAUGCGAUUUCAUAACCACUAGGUGCGUCCGAAUAAUCAUCGAUUUAUACACUUAUACACCCUUUGGGUGUUUUGUUUGACUUGAUUCUGUCGAGUAAAUACAAUCAAGCAAAAUCAGAUUUUGAUGCAACGAAAAAGAAAUAGAAAAGAUAAAAAAUCAAUAUCACUAAAAGAAAAUGGGUAUAAAAACUUAUUAGAUACCAUGGACCGCGGUAUCUAAUAAGUUCUACCUACUAUUGGAUUUGAACCAAUGACUCCCGCCGUAUGAAAGCAAUACUCUAACCGCUGAGUUAAGUAGGUCAUUUAUCUUCACAAAGAAAACCAAAAGGGACUCAUCCCAUCGAUGGAUUAUAAAUAUCAUAUUACUUAGAAGCAAUACCGAUCAAUAUGAUCUUGGAUCAUGGAAUAGUCAUCUUGAGAAUAUUCAUCUUGACAAAAAAUUAUCGACAUAAUAAAAUAUAUAUUACAAGCACUAAGGGCUAUAGCUCAGUUGGUAGAGCACCUCGUUUACACGCGCGCCGAUGUUUUUCAGGGGAGUCCAUCAUGGAAUCAAAAAAAUUGAUCUUAUUGACAAAUCGAUGUCUUACUCCAUUCCAUAACUUUGAGGGAAGAAGAGAACAAUAGCCUGACAAGGGUUCGGUCCGUUUAGGUGCCCAGUUAGGUGCCAAACAGACCCCAUCAUUGAUUUGAUAUAUUGAUAAGGUGAAUACCCAGUCUAUUCAAUGCUAGGCUGAGCAUAAGGGCCUCAAAAAAAUCUCUUUUCGUCCUAUGAACUUUAAGGUGUACGAAGUUUCAUAUUUGAUUUUUAAAUAGAGCGAUAGAGACUUCAUUUCACUUAGGUUAAUCUAGGCCAGAGGCAGACCUACGUCAAGAUAACCCCCCUUGAAAAACUUUGGUAGUGUUCCUGAAUCUGAAUCCACAUAAUGACUCAGAGCACAUGGAGCCAUCUCCUUAUUUUUCGGUAAAAAAUAAAAAUGGCGGACUAGCUGAUAUUUAUAUCAGUUAAUGAAAGAGCCCAAUGCACAAAAAAUGCAUGUUGGGUCUUUGAAACAGUUCAGAUCAUUUUGAUAAUAAUAAGUUUGAUCUGUUUUACCGAGAAA